AGGUGUGUACAUAAGCUUUAGUUAUUUUAUCUCACUUUGAUUAGUUUGAUAUGCCACGUUUCUUUAGAUUUGUUGGGGAAUGAAUGGUAUUCGUUUUACCAGCUGUAAAAGUGCCAAAGAUAGAACUUCAAUGUCCGUCACUUUAGAACAAUGUUCAAUACUGAAACGUAAACAUAAUCUUCAGCCUGAAAUAUUUAAUCAAGCCAUAGAUGUCAUGCGAAGGUAAGUCAUUUCUUACUAUUGAGGUUGUGGCAUAACUAUACAUAAUACAUUUUUUUUGGAAGGGCUUCUUUCAUAAAUCCCAUCACACAUCGUUAGCCCGAUUUGAGGGUUUAAAUUCAUGUUAGAACGAGAAACAGUCAGUGGUAAUAGCAACUGAUGCAACUUUCGAAUUUUCCCGCUAACCAAUCACAUUGCGUAAAUUUGUUUUUCGCUUGGCUUCGCGCGAACAAAUUUGCUUAGUAGAAAGCGGGCUUAAUUUCCAUCUGCAUUACAAAUCAUCGUUGCAAAUCGUGCUGUGUAACAUCGCCCUUAGCUUCAUUCAAAGCUUUAGGUUCAGCAAUACCUGUAGUACAUUUAAUGUGAUACUUUUGUGAGUGAAGCAAUCUUAUACCAUGGGCAAGGCAACAUAUUAAAUGCACCUGAGCUACAUUUUCUUGAACAUUUCAGUGGAGGAACACGACGUGACAACUGUUUUAAAAACGCUGGUAUACGACGUUAUGCCUUCAAUUACUGGCAAGUUAUGGCGUUACCUCGUCUAUACCGACCUCCAGAUGGAACAUAUGGCAAGAAUAUACAAGCCUGAAGCGAAUAGUGUACAGUAAUAAUUAUUAAUAUGUAUUGUAUUCACUAUAUUCGUACCUUAAUUCUGAAUGGUCAGCAGCUUCAGCUAAAUAUGGAAAUCACGCAACCUAGAUAUAACACAGUUAUCCACUAGCAGAUCAGAUCUGAGUUAUGUGUAGAUUGAGCCCACGAAAUUUAAUUUUGUAGCAAGCAGCAGUUUUCAUACACAACAUGAAGAAACGGCGUUAAGUGAAUGUGAUUUGUACAAAAAGCAGACCUUUUUGACAUUUUAUCGGAACUCUAGUAGGUACAUAAGAUUUCUAAUAAUUAUUUUCAUGUUCUAAUUGAGAUAUUUUAAAUCGUUUUACUGCUUUUUGUUUGAGAACCAAACGUUAUUUUGUGCGAAAAUCAUUGUUUGUCGAAAACGUUAAUGAAAACGCAAUGUAUACAUAUACAAUACAACAGUUAUUGAAGUCUCAACUCAGCUCGACUGAUAACACUUUCCUCGAACUCUCGAUAUCACAGAAACCUCAUCCAAUAACUGUUUAAUAUAACAAAGGUAGGAAUUGAAUAACGGAGAGAAACGUGAAUAAUGAAAUAAUUAGAGCCUAGCUAAUACCAAGCUGUAAAAAAUACCAAAGCUGCAGAGUUGCAAAAAAGCUGCAGGUAUGCGGGUACCACCCGUGAAAAAGGUUUACCAUAUGUGAGGUCAGUGAGGAAGGUUUAAUAUAUACUGGGCCCACCUGAAUAAACGUCUGUUGGCAGGCUAGGUUUAAUAUGAAACACUCUACUUAGCCUGAAAACAGACCUACGUUUCGCCCGCUCUAAAAUUUGCGGAUCGACGAAGGGCGAAACGUAGGUCUGAUGAAAAUGUUGUCAAAACGCUGUGGAAUCCGACCGACUGGUGGUCGGGAUAGCUGAUUGGCUAAUUUACAGAGAAAUGGGUUGUGAUUGGUUGGUCGCUAACAUGAAAAGAUUUGAAAAGAUUUGAAAAGAUCAGAAUAUAUUUCAACGGUAAAUCAAUGCAUAUAAUAUGCUAUAUGCAUAGAGUGUGAUAUUCUAAAUAUUUUGUGAUGUCGAACGACAAUUAGUCUAUCAGUAUCUACCGUCUAAAAUUAAAACUGGAGGGGAGUAGAGCAGUACGUGUCAAAUAAUUCACCGAUGUGUCUUUCCGUUGUAAUAUACAAUACAAUAAUUUUUACAACGAUUUAAGUUUGGUGAUAAUCAUAAUAAAACUGAUGCGUUUAUGAUUUACAUUUCGAUAACAUAGCACGUACAAAAUAUUUUAUUUAGAUUUUAGCAUUGUAUGACGGUUUCAAAAUGUAUAAAUUGCAAGAGUUUGGAUGCAAUUCAACAGUCCCCUUGCCAGAUAACUAUGGCAUUGGAGAACAGUGAGGGGAAAACAAGAAUGUUGUACAGUUGGCAAUAUCAGCUUUCAGGGGCCCCGGCAUUUCUGUAGCAAUCAUAUACAUAUACAUCUGCUAGCAGUCACCAGCCUGGACUGGUAGAUUUACCAUAUCUUAAGUUCUCUAUUAACAGUUAUUGGGUGAGGUUGAGCAGGAUAUCCAGAAUUCUUAUGCCCCCCCCUCCGGUCACCACACAACUGGAUCCUGCCUGCGGUAAGCCGAAUCCAAUAAAACUUUUAUUUUUUUUCCCAUGAUUUUUUUUUGCUCUAACAAGUUCUUAUCAUUUAUAUCUCGCGCGCUGUCCAGUGACUCGACAGAGAAUUGUCUCUGCUAAAAGAUAGCCGGGCAUCUACAAUUACCUAAAAUGAUUCGUUGGCUUUUAGCUAAUCAGAUGACGAGAACAGAGUACAAUGAUUAGUUUGCCUAAUUGAAAGUAAUGAAAUUCAAUUGAAUGUAAUGAAAUUUAAUUAAAUGUAAUAAAGGGGAAUUGGGAAUGUAAUAAAGGGAAUGUAAUGAGAGGUCAUGUUUUCACCUCUGUUUGACAGUUAGUUUGUGUGUUUGUCCGUCAGCAGAUACGCUAUAUAUAUGUACAUACAUUUAUCCGCGCAAUGGGGUUGUUAGUUGAUUGCCUAUAGGAGUUAUUUGCAAUCUCUUCAAAUUAAUUCAAUGCUGUGAUGUUACCGUGCAUAAAUCUUUGCAAAUGAUAAUAAUCAUGAAAACUUUAUUGAAAAAUACUUUAUUGAAUAAAGAGCA